ACACGCACCAGUCACGUCACGUCCUGCCACUUUCUUGCAGAGCCAUUGAUGAGAUUAUUUUCUUCUGAACCGUCUCCUCAAAAACACUUAAACUCCUCAAACCACCCAAAAUUUAACUCUUUUCCUUAAACCCAGUUCUAAAAUUUGAAGAAUUUGGAGCAAAAUUACCUUAUUUUUCUCUUCCAAAAUCAUGGCAUUUCACAGAAAUUCAAGGUUUGUCUACAAUGCUCUAAAACCCAGCUUCAAUUCCAAGUUACUUACUAAAACUUCAUCUCAUUCCAAUUCCUAUUCUUUGUUUUACACUCAAUUUAAGUUUUUUAGGUUACAUGGGUCUCCUUCAAUUUCUUCAAAAUGUGGGUACUUCAAUAGGUUUAAACAUAAUCAAAACAGAAUUAUUUCUGGUGUUGCUACUAUCAGAAAUUCUCUUGAAGUUAAAAAAACUCAGAAUUUCUUUGGAAAACAGCUAAAAAAAAAAAAUUCAUGGUGGGGGGACGGUAUUUUAUUUGUGAUGACUAUUUAUUAUAGCAUUUCAGAAGUUGUACCCUUUACAGAAAGGAAGCAUCUUGUGAUUCCGCUAACAUCUCUUGAGAUAAAAAUUGGGGAAUUUAUGAAGAAGAAAUUGUAUGAUGGUAAAAUAUUGCCUGCUACACAUCGUGCUAGUGUGAGGGCUAGAGUAGUAUUUGAACACAUCAUUGUAUCUCUUGAUCACAAGCUCAUACAUGAAGGGCAUGGAUCUAAGACAACUACUAAGCAUUUGAAAGUUUUCGUUGUCGACGAACCCCGGGUUUUUUCCUUUUGUUUUCCAGGUGGAAUGAUUGCUAUUUCUACUGGGUUGCUCAACUAUUUCCAUUCAGAUUCUGAAUUGGCUGCAAUUAUUGGGACUCAGGUUGCGGAUGCUGUGGCUCGGCCUUGUGCAGAACUCUUUCCAAAGUAUAUGUUGGCUAUGUUUGUCAUUUCGAUUAUCAAUCCCAGUGCCAGAAUUGUGAAGAUUAUUCAGGCUAGAGCUUGUAAACUACGGCCAUUCACCGCUGGCUUGAUCAAAUCUGGACUGAAUUUUACCGGGCUUCUGCUGUGUUUUGCACCAUUGGAUUGUUAUUUUCUUUGGAGGAAGAUGGAAGCAGAUUACAUUGGCCUGCAGUUGAUGUCUUCUGCUGGAUACGACCCACGAGUUGCACCUCAAGCAUAUCAGAAGCUGAGAAGGCAAACUAUAGCUUAGUUCUUAGCUCAAGCUCAGAUGAUGGAGGAAGCGGGUAAAUAAGAUACAUUGAAGUUGUAGCAGGUUUUGCUGAAUAUGAUGCUAUGAAUAUGAAUUCACCACAACAUCUUCUUUGUAGAAGCUUUGUCUGUUUAUGGUACUCAAAACAGCUCAUGGAUCAUUUUCUUGCCAUUACAUUUCUUCUUUUUGACAAUAUUAAGAGGUUGUUUUGACUUGAAAAUCUGCUAGUAUAUUAUCUCAGUCUGUCAGUCACAUUGUUAAUUCAACCUAAUCUUAGUUUCUAAUUUCAAUGCU